AUGAAUCUCACCGAAUGCAGGACGGUGAGCGAAAGUGCCACGCAAAUCUGUGAGGCACCACUCCUUCCAUCCUUCCUUCCUUUCCUCCUCCCUCCUCAAAUCCCAUCCCUCUCUGUCUCUGUUUACUAUUCUCCUUCUCCGGCAGGCAGGCUGGCAGGUUACUUGGCCCUCCUAGCCGAACGCAGCAGAAGGAGCAGCCCACAUACGGGAACGACAUACGGAUACAGGGAGGGGAUGGGGAGGCGGAGGAUGAGGGUCAAGGACGAUACAGAUGGCCCGAAUGUAAUCUCCCUUUCCCUUUCCAUCCCCCCUUCACCGGGUCUGCGGCGCAGGCGUCAUGGAACGAAGGAUGAAGGAGGCCGCAUGUUCGCUGCAUCUACCAAUCUGCACUGCUGCACGAAGUCCCUCUGGUGUCGUCAUUGCUGCUCCUCCUCCUCCUCCUCCUCCCCUCUCUGCCACGCUUUACUUCCUUUUUCUUCAGUUCUCCAGUGCGAGAUAAGGGACAUGGGUGAGUAG